AUGUGGUAUAGCCCCAAAUUUUCCCGGUCCUCGAUUAUUCACCCAUUUAGACAUUCAUCUAAAGCAUACCUGAGAGUUGGCUUGGGUUCCUUUCAGCAGCCUCCAAACGAAAGCAUCGAAGUCCGGUAAAAAUAGUGAAGCGUGACCAAAACUCCCUGGUUUAACGGCCGCAAGUUUCCUCGAUCGUAAAGUAACAAGACGAAAUAUCUUCCUAUUCCGUCAUCCUUAGCGAAUUACCAUUAUUAAAGUCCUUAUUUUCGAUGAAAAGUGAGUACCAGAAAAAGCGCGUUUGACUUUUUCUUCUUCAAAAUACUGUCCGGAUCGAAAAUGUUACUCUUUCAAGAAUUGCGUUGCGUUACUACCGUGAUUCCGUGACUGUCAUUUUGACGGCUCCGUCUCUUCAAAGGUAGGUUAUGUCACGUGCAGUUACGAAACAGAUUGUCACGCAGCCGUCGCCGUCUGGUAGAGUUCAGUGUUUCACAAUGGCAAAAAUUGACCCAGUUUCACCUUUUUACCCCACUCUUUGACUGGAAAAAGGAAUUUUACAAUGGCGAAACCUACAAGAGGUACAAAAAAAUGAGCCUUGGGCUGUAAAUAUCUACUUUUGUGCGUUUCGAAAUUGGAAGUGUUGACACAAUUACCGCCGGCCUGUCAUGAAAAUUCCUGAACUUCGAUGGUGUCUUACAGAGAUUACAUUCAAUAAUCCAAGCCAGUUCCCAGGUAUGUUUUAAAUGAAUGUCCAAGUGUGUGAUUUAAAUAGCAUUAAGAGAAUUUGGAGUUAAACCACACGUUAAAUAUUGCUGUCGAAAAUGAGUAACGAUCUUAAGUUUUUGUUAUCCUGAAAACCUAUCCCUCAUUUUUGAAUUAUUUCAGUACGACGAGCUUCGCUAUUGCCCUGAAAGUAUCUUUUAGUGGAAGAAAAAGAAUUUUUCUGUUCAUGGUCAAAAAAUUUGUCCAUGCUGCUUCCUUUGCGAACGCGAGGAAAGUUAAUGUUAGCGAAUUUCAGGUUAAAAAUUAAGGCAGACGGAGACUGAUCUUCUAAUUUUUCUCACAACUAAAAAGCUUUCGGCAGGAACAAUCUACUUCAGGUUUCUUAUCUACCUAAAAGCUAUCUAUGAACAAAAAAUGAAAGAAAUUGAGUUUUCCACUCUUGCCACGAAAUUAAGAUUUUGGUCGAUUUUUCCUGACCGUCGCUCUUAAGCAAAAUUAUUCUAUUUUCAGUUUGCCAUGAAAAUGACAAAGAUAAUCCGCUUUUUAAUAAUAAUAAUAAUAAUAAUAAUAAUGGAAAUAGUGAUUUAUUGUGAAGCGAUUUACUGUAGCUGACGUUUUAUAUGCUCGAAGCAAUGUUGCCUAUAAACAGAAGUUAAAUUACGGAGAAAAAAGGAAGGCAAAUAUUUUCGAAAAUUGUUCGUAAGGGCAAGUUAAUAGGGCAGAGAACACUGCAGAUAAACAACGCUCAUCUCGAUAAAAAUAAACUUUCUCAUUCACGGUGAGUUAACAGAAGCAAUAAAGCUCUGUGUUUCUUCGCAGAAAGGGGAGUUAACUAAACUUUCGACGUUUGACGCUAAGGCUUACAAAAAAUUAAAACUACGAUUUGCCUUGUUUGAAAAUACUGUAAAGAUCUAACUUUUGCGCUUCAACUGUUUUUGGCUACAUGUUCACGCAUGAAUUCGCCUGUCAAUCACACUAAUCGUUUUUUUAAUGGUUUCCUUUCUGAUUCUGUUGAGAUCACUUCGUGUGUAUUUUUUAAGACGAUUAUUGGUCUGAGGUUCAGAUAAUAUAAUUAACAGUUAAUGAAUGAGGCUGAGUAACUUAUGAAGAAUUAUGGAGAUCGAUAACACCCUCCGAGAUCUCCAUAAUUCUUCAUAUGAUACGAAAGCUGAAUUCAAUAACUGUUUUAUUAUUCAUUCAAAAUAAUUCCAAGUUUAAAAACAUAGCUUAAACAUGCUUACCUCCAUCGAUCCAUCGAUGUUUAGUUGAUCUUCGAUAGUGUACGUUUAGGUUUGUCCAGCUCCGCAAAUAUUCUCCAAAUAGCAGAUGUCGCCCUUCGAGUUGUCUUCUCGCUGUUCUUGCCGUGUUUUUAGCUAUUUUUUCGCCUAGUUCUUACUCUUGAAACGAGUGAAAUGUCCGCCAUUUUUUCGGUUCACAACCAAAACAACUCAACCUCGUCCCUAGGUCUUCUCGGUUAACGGUGCCUUAACCUGCGAAAACGCUGCAUUUUUGACGUCAUUUCCUCGUUAAAGUCAAAAUUCUUCCAAAUUUGGUCAUCAGUAACUGGUUAUGGUGAAUUAAACGCGUGCUUUUAGCCAAUCAGAAUUGGGGAAAUAUUUUGAAUGAAUAAUAAUCAAUAUCAACUUCGCCUGCGUCGAAUAAUUGUUUAAUAUAAGCCAUAUAGGAAUAGGCCACCCCAAAAGGGAUGGUUUUUACACCGUUUUGGUCUGAAAACAGGUAUGGAGUCUGGAAUCGGGUAUGGUUUUCGAGAGAACUACAGGAGUGUAUA